CUUCAACACCAGACCACCCCCAAACUUUUAACUUCGUACUCUCACAUGUUUGAGCCUUCCUUUGCAAAUUUAGCCUCAGAGGAUUGCAGACACGAAUUUUUUCGAUUUGUCAGGGGUCGUGACCCAGUUACUCUAUACCAUCUCGGAAUCCUCACUUCGCCAACUUUCAACUUCCAGCUCAUCCGGGCCGGAUAACACCACACCCCGCCAUGACAUCAGCUCCCCCACCGGGUCGAGCCAGCUCGCCUACGGGCAGCUUCUACGCCCUAAGCGACGACGAAGAGGGCGAGUAUGACACUAUCACACAUACAGAGACCGGCAAAGGGGUCAAGCUGUUGUAUUCCAAGAGCAAGGUCUACAUCCAUCCCACCCCGUCGGCAAAGGACAAUAUUCCGGGGUACAUAGCGCUGUUGCAACAAAAAGGACCUCACGGCGAACGACCUACGUCAUCAUCUUCAAAGAGCUCUAAUUCACCAGCUUCCGCGGAUCUCCUGCUUGCUUGGCUACCUGAAUCUUCUCUCGGCGACGCAGCGAGCAUCUAUGUCAAAGUCGACUUGAUCGAUGCCGAUUCCCCUCCAAAGCAGAGCUAUCUCGUACCACCACCUCCCACCGUGACCACCCAUAAAGGAUCAGUCGGUCAUUACGCCUUUGCAAUACCAGUUAGCGCCAUAUACUCGCUACUAGUACGCGCUCCGAGCUUGGGAUGGUGGUUUGGGUCUCUGGUGAUCAACACCAGAGCCGGGGACAGUUUUCCGGCUCUAUUCUUCCACGAUAGCGAAUGCCAAUCGACCAUACUCCAGAAAGAGAAGCGAGCCAGAGACAAUUUUGACCCGUUUGGCGAAAAUGGACAAAUGUUCUGGGGAGGCGACGAAGUUCUCCGCUGGCUGAAACGCUACGUCCGGAUCGAGAGGAGCGGUGCUGAGCCCAAUAUCUACUUAGUAGAGCCUACCAAGGAGGACAGCGAAGCCUUCGGUGGGAAACUAACUUCCAGUACACCCUCAUCAAUUGGUAGACGGGAUAGUUCCCAGGGUCUGCGCCCGCCUCGUGCUGGACGUUCGGCAGCAGGCUCUAGUAGCCAGAAUGACGCGGGUAUGGACCCUGUUAUGAAGUUUGUGAAGGAGACGGGGUGGAAUCUUCUGGAGAAAUUCAGCAAAGUUACUACAUUCACACGUAGAACAGCGCAGGACAUAGUAGACAACCCGAGGCUCCCGCCCCAAAUACGAAGAUUGAUGAGAAAUCCUGAGGUUCAAACAUUGCAGGAUGAAUUCGACAGUGCUAGGAUAUACCUCGCCCGAUGGGCUAUGGGUAUGGCCGAACAGAGCGAAAGGGAUAGAAACCAAAGGAUAUGGACUGCUCGCGAUGUCAUGGAGCUAGAAGAUACCGAUGUUGGGGAGUUCGAAUUGCUGGAGACGAGCAACAUGUCUUUGGAAGAGCGAAGAAAAAUAGUGACUCUAAAGGAGUGGGAAACUUUCUUCGAUCCUAGAACCGGACGUCUGGCAGUUACCAUUGAUGAGGUCAAAGAGCGAGUCUUCCAUGGUGGCUUGGAUCCAGAUGAUGGUGUUCGAAAGGAGGCCUGGCUGUUUCUGCUCGGUGUCUACGAUUGGUAUAGCACAGCAGAAGAACGAAAGGCUCAAAUCGCAUCUCUCAGGGACGAGUAUGUGAAAUUAAAGGCUGCGUGGUGGGAGAGGUUAGUUGAUCUUGGUGGUGAAGGCGAGGAAGGUGAAUGGUGGCGAGAACAGAGAUGCAGAAUUGAAAAGGAUGUGCAUCGAACGGACCGCACGGUUCCGAUUUUCGCAGGGGAAGACCUUCCUCACCCUGACCCUGACUCCCCCUUCGCUGAAGCUGGCACCAAUGUGCAUAUGGAACAGAUGAAAGACAUGCUUCUCACUUACAACGAGUAUAACAAAGAUCUCGGCUACGUUCAGGGGAUGUCUGAUCUACUUGCACCGAUAUAUGCCGUUAUGCAAGACGAUGCCAUUGCUUUCUGGGGCUUCCAGCGCUUCAUGGAACGAAUGGAACGAAACUUCCUCCGCGACCAGUCUGGCAUGAGGAAUCAGCUCCUCACACUCGACCACCUGGUUCACUUCAUGGAUCCGAAGCUAUACGCUCAUCUCCAAUCCGCCGAUAGUACCAACUUUUUCUUCUUCUUCCGCAUGUUGCUCGUCUGGUAUAAACGGGAGUUCAAGUGGAUGGAUGUUCUACAUCUUUGGGAAGUGCUCUGGACAGACUACCUCAGCAGUAGCUUCCACUUAUUCAUUGCAUUGGCUAUUCUAGAGAAGCAUCGAGAUAUAAUUAUGAUACAUCUAAAACAUUUCGACGAGGUUCUCAAAUAUGUUAACGAACUAUCAAACACGAUGGAUCUUGAGUUGAUUUUAAUCCGAGCAGAGGCAUUAUUCCGUCGUUUCAACCGGUUAAUCGAGGCCAUAGACAAGAAGCAGAACUUUCCGGUGCCGAGGGUCAUAAAAGACUCGCCAUCUCCAAACUCGACACCUGCUUCCGGGUCGUCAGGGGCGUCUCCACAGCCGAGGGCUAACAAUGGGAAAGCUCCCGAGGAACAGACGAAGAAGACGAUCACUCCUGAAUUACGGAAGUUGUUGAGUAGGACAAUAGAGGUUAUACCGCACACUAAGAAGGCCCAGAGUGUUACUACUGAAUCUACCUAGGAAAUGGUCGAUUUGAUGAUCGCUUAGACCAGGGUGAACUUCGAGCUUGAGGCAUGUGUAUUUUUAUCUUGGGAAAAAUCCGGAUUAUGCAUCAUGAGGUACGUGGGACUUAGAUUUUGGAGGAUAUGG